AAACAGAUGGGGUUGGAGUUGGGGAAGAUGGUAGGGCAAUGAUGCGUGAGAUAUAGAUUGAUCCGUUGGAGCUGGUUGACUGGCGUUCGCUUUAAGGUCAUUGUGACCUGCCUAUGGUUUCUUGAACGGCAUUCUUCCUGAGGAUUGGCUGGAUUCAGCCAGUCACCUUCCUUCAUAUAUAAGGGAUAUGACGCAGAGGAGGUCUGCUCUCACCCGAUUGAGCCCUCAGGAUGCUUUCCUAUGCCUCACCCGUUCCGUUGGUACUCUUCUUGAACUUAUUGUCCUUGUCAAAAGCUGCUGCAUACGAUGAGCAAUGCAACUCCAACUUGGUUACCUAUUGGGGUCAAAAUAGUUACGGAGCCGCGAAUAGCGUGGACAAUGCGAACUGGCAGAAAAGAUUGUCUCAUUAUUGUCAAGAUGACACUAUCAAUGCCAUCCCAAUCGCCUUCUUAAAUGUUUUCUCCGACGGCACUGGCAACCCCCAGAUCAACCUUGCGAAUACCUGCAACGAUCUUUGUUUUUCUGGCACUCAACUUCUCAACUGCUCGUUUCUCUCUGCUGACAUCACAACAUGCCAAAGCAAGGGUAAGCUUGUGACACUGAGCUUAGGUGGCGCUACUGGUGGAGGACCUGCAGAUGCUGCAUUCGCUGAUAAGAUCUGGAACAUGUUCCUGGGAGGCUCAAGCUCCACCCGUCCAUUCGGCCCGGCUGUUCUCGAUGGGGUUGAUCUUGAUAUUGAAGGAGGAUUGAAUUCGUACGAUGCGUUCGUGAACCAAUUGAGAGAACACUUUUCCCGCGCAAGGAAGAAAUACUAUAUGUGGGUGCGACGGCCACCAAGAGCAUUCAGUUUAUUUUUGAUGCUCUUCCCCAGCACUGCUGCCCCACAAUGUCCUUACCCUGAUUCCUACGUUGGAUCUUCCAUCAACGGGGCCAAAUUCGACGCCCUUUAUGUCCAGUUCUACAACAAUCCAUGCAGUGUCUGCCAUUAUGGAGAAUCGGCCUGGAACUUUGGGACCUGGGACUGGUGGGCCAAAAAUGUCUCGCCUAAUCCUGACAUAAAAAUCUUUCUGGGCGUUCCGGCUUCAGCUACUGCUGCAAGCAGCGGCUACGUCAGUUCUUCACAGUUGACGAGCAUUAUUCGGGCUCUUCGCUCCUCCUUCCCUUCCUUUGGGGGCGUGAUGAUGUGGGACGCCUCACAAGCUCACGCUAAUGGUCGUUAUGACCAGUCUGUGAAAGGUGCAUUGUCAAACGGCGGAUCAUGCGGUGGCUUUGUCUACCCAGCUUGCGACGCUCCUCAAUGGUCUUCCACCGGUUCUUAUCCCCCGGGAUCGAGGAUUACGUAUCAAGGAUAUGUGUGGACCGCUCGCUAUUACGGCUCCGGGGCGCCCUCCGGAAGUGACAUUGGGAGUUGGGUUCCUGCCUAUGCUUGCCGGGAAUCGAGUGCGACCCUAGCGUCAAGUAACUUCUCUUCCCCGAAAACUAUCACUAUCGGCACUAGAACAUCCUCAAGCGAUGGCAUAUGCUCAUUGCGUCUCUGCACCGGAAGCAGGUGUCCGCAAUGCCAUUGACACGUCAGUCACAUACAGCAGAGACCUUUUGGGGGGUCUAUGGUGGUCAUUGGAUGAUUUUCAUUACUGAGUCUGUGCGGACCCUUUCUCACAUAAUGUUUUCAAACGUCCAU